AUGUGGCACAAUGUAGCUUUCGAUUUAUGGCAAGAUCUCAUGCGCCGGUACUGUCAGGGAGAUAUUUUCAAGAUUGCUGAGCUUGAUGAUGAACUCUCAUCAAUCAAGCAAGGAGACCUCACAAUAACUGCAUACUUCACAAGAUUAAAGGUGAUUUGGGAGGAGCUUGAAAACCUAAGGCCAAUUCCUCAAUGCGUAGCAUGUGACUCAAACAAUUGCUUAUGUGGAUUGAUGAAGGUCAGAAAAUAUCAAGAUGAUGCAUAUGUAGUAAGGUUCCUGAAGGGAUUAAAUGAAGCAUACUCAAACGUGCGAUCACAAGUCAUGAUGAUGGAGCCAGUUCCGAAGAUUGAUCAAGUCCUCUCAAUGAUACUCCAACAAGAGAGACAACUGCAUACACUUGAACCAAUUGACUGCAAAGCACUUAUCAGUGCUUCAAACAACUUCAGCUACCCAAAUAGAGGAAGGGGAAGAGGCAGAGCACCAGGAAGAAGCCAUGGAAGGGGCAGAGGAGCCACAAAGCAGUGUUCAUUUUGUGGCAAACUAGGUCAUUUAGUGGAUGUGUGCUACAAAAAGCAUGGGAUGCCUCCCCAUCUCAAGCAAGGUAACCAGAGCCUGAUCAACAACAUGAUUGCUGAAGAGAAUGAUGAAAAAUUCAGCACCACCCAAGGAGAGGCCAGUAAAGGUGAGUUAGAAUUCACUAUAGAGCAAAAACGCGCAUUGAUAUCAUUACUGCAGCAGCCGGAUAUGCAGCAGAAUCAAACAAACCAAAUAGUUGCACUUCCAUCUAAUCAAGGUAUAGCUUAUGUGAUGUCUCUAAAUGUUUUCAAAUCUAACUCCUGGGUCAUCGAUUCAGGAGCAACAGAUCAUGUUUCUUUUUCUCUAGAGUCAUAUCAAUUGUAUCAUCAAAUCAAACCUAUAAUUGUAAAAUUGCCUGAUGGUACUCACAUUUCUACCUCCAUUGCAGGAACUAUAGUUUUCUCAAAACAAUUUCUUCUCCUUGAUGUCUUGUUCAUACCACAAUUUAAAUUCAAUUUAAUAUCUGUUUCAAAACUAACCAAAUCUCUUCACUGUGAAUUGGUAUUUGAUGAUAUGACUUGCAAGAUUCAGGAUUGCCUUUCUCAGAAGAUAAUUGGUCAAGCUGAGCAAAGAAAGGGGCUUUAUGCAUUUGAGGAUCUAAACCCAGUUGGCACAUCGAGUAUAGCACUAGCAAAGGUUUUAUGCAAGCUUGAGGGAGGGUGUGACUUAACCCAUAUGAUCAAAGCUUAA